ACACCAUAUUAUUCACUGGAGUGAAACAUUCAAUUUAUAUUCAAAAUACAAUGUUAGUAUAUCGGAUUAGAUAAAAUUUCUUACUUCAUACAGGUCAUCGGAUAAUUUUAAAAAUGGUAAAAAGUGUUUGUCUUGUUUCCAUAGCUAUAUAUUUGGUUCAAUGUGCUGCUGGAGACGUUUAUUGUAAUAAGGAUGAAGCGGCUAAAGACGGGAAAUUAUGCCAGCGAGCGUAUUUAACAAACUCGCUUAACUCCGACGAUCUUGAUCCUGUAGCAGUGUGUAACAACAUUGACUGUUUCAUACAGUGUACCUCUGAUGCUUAUGGAGACUGUGCAAAAAGUGAUGUAUUUCUAGACAAGAUUAAGGAGAAUGACCCAGAAAAAAUGAAAGUCUACUACAGAAUGUUAUGCGCUGAUAUUUCGUUUUUUGAAGGACAAGUCAAAGGCUCUGUUCGAUGUGACACAGAUGACAGUAGUUUAUGCAAUUCUAAUAUAUUUACAUCAAGACUACUGCAAGGAAAAUUUAAUCUAUAUGAUAACGGCAAAUAUGACGAAUACAAAGAGUUGUUAUGCAAUGUUUUAACUCAAGCCAGAGCCUGCCUUCGUGUUAUUCCGUCUGUAAAUUGUUCGGAGGACAGCGCAAAGAUUUUCUUGGAUAUUAUCAAAGUAGGCAGUUCCAUUUCAUUUUGUCCCAACACUGAUAUUGAUAACUUAUACAAGAAAUAUGGUGGAGGUGUGACGUGCUCUCGUCCGAAACUGGAUAGCCACUGUUUUAAGUCAAGUUUAAUGUCAAGAAUUUCAAAAUGUGAGAUGCUUGCACUAGGUUCAAUUUUGGAUAAAAGAUUGCCACCAAGAAUAGACAACUACUGUAAAGUGCAAGAGUGUAACAUAAAAUGUUAUGAAGAUGCUUUGAGAGGCUGCAGUGAAAAAGAUGAACAUUUAGAAAUGGACGUAGUGUCCAUGAGAGUGGCUAACAGAGUGGCUUGUGAGAAUCUAGAAGAACUGAAGAAAGCUGUUGGAGCAUGUGAUCUACGUGAUGGAACGUGUUAUACAGAUUAUAAACAGUCCUUACUGGAAGCACAAAAAAUGAAGGCACAACUCAAUUACACAGCAUACAGUAGCGCUGUUUGCACUGCGACCUCAGAAUUUUUCAACUGUGUAGAUUUUGUUGUAACCGGCGAUUGUACUGAUGAGAUGGCAACGUUAAUGAAAGAUAUUGUUACAGUUUUGUUAGACUACGCUAGGUGUGGAUCCCAAGACCACGUGUUCUUUUCAAAAUAUGGAAGGGACACGAACUGCGUCACUUCCGGAAGUGAGAAAUAUGUCAUCAACAUGUUUCCUCUAAUUUUGUUAUCUUUUAUUAUAUACUUUCAAUUUGUUUGAUACCUGUCUGUUGGGAAUUUAUCAUCAUCAAGAAAAAAUAAGAAUUUUUGUACAAUAUGUCUGAAAUUCAAGCCCAAAAUAUCCACGCCAAUUUGAAGACAAACAAUGCUUUCAGCAUAUAUGUUCAGACAUAUUUAAGGUUUAAAGAACCGAAUAUUUUUUUUGUAAUUUAUUGUGCUUUACAAAGAUUGAAGGGCUUUACGUUUUUGGUGUUGUUACUGACAACAAGUCAGUUAUUGGUCGAGUGCUAUAUUCAUUAGUGCAGACAGAAGUAAUUUCGACCGUAGUAUAUUAACUUUUCCAACUGCAAAAUAGUUUUAUUACAACAUAUUUCAAGUCAAAUUAAAAUGAUGAUGCAACAGUAUGGUACAUUGAUUGAUAUAUAACAGAGCACGUUAUGAAUAAAUUUUAGAUUGACUGAUACAUGUAUAUGAAGCACUUAAAUAUUCUACAUUUGAUUGUAGUUUUAUAUAAGCUGAACAUGUGUAUUGGUGGAUUUAAAUUAUUGAUAAAAAGUAGCUAGAGACCAUCUUACAUUUAUGAUAACCAGAUAAUAUGUAUUGUAUGUACAUGUAGUAUGAAAUAAAUAUUGAAACUAAAUAGUUUUAUAAUUGUACAAAAAGGCACUAAAAUGACUAUAG